AUAUAAAGUACGUAAGUUUAUUUGUAUUUUGAUCAUUCUUUUAGUCAUAAUGAUUGAAACAUUAAAUAAUAUAGUGACCAUUGUUAGAUUCUUUGAGCAACACUUGGUGGCAACCUUUCCAAAUAUCUCUCAAGCUGAUAUUGAUGGUCUUACUGCAUCUGAGUUUCCAACUUGGUUUCGAUCGUAUGUUCAUGAUAGAAAUAACAUGGUAGUAGAUCAGUUAUUACACCACUUAGCAUGGGGUCCUAAGAAAAAGGUGGAGACUUGGCCUAUUUACUUUGUCAAUGGUUUUAAGUUUCAUACAGAAGAGUGGACUGUCAAUAAGAAAACCAUCAAUUCUGGAGUUUGUGUUGAGGGUGAUGAUGAAGAGGAUGAACACUAUUAUUAUGGUGUCCUUAAAGAGAUUUUGCGGCUAGAGUACCCAGGUGAACCAAUCAAACAAUUAGUGUUAUUUAACUGUGAAUGGUUUGAUUCUGUCAUCAAUCGUGGGAUGAAGGUUAAUAAAGAAUAUGACAUUGUGGAGGUUCAUCGUUCUAGAAGGUAUUCCAAAUAUAUGACCCUUUCAUAUUUGCAACAAAUGCGAUUCAAGUGUACUACAUGCCUUACCCAAAACACAUAAAAGAAAAGGUUGAUUGGUGGGUUGUUACUAAAACCAAACCAAUGGGUACAGUUGAUGCUCGGUAUGCAUUGGAGGUUGCAUUUCAAGAUACAACAACUCAUGUGGACCCGGUUUCAAAUGAAGAGCUAGAUGGUCACUUGAGAGAUGAUGAAGCUUUAUAUGAGGAAGUGGAUGAGGAUGAGGAUGAGGAUGAGG